AUGCCUAAAGUGGCCUCGGCACAUGUUGACCUCUACGAGGUCCUAGAAAUUUCUCAGAGCUCAAGCAAAGAUGAUAUUCGCAAGGCAUACCGCAAGGCAGCUUUACGCAACCACCCUGACAAAGUCCCGGAGUCCGAGCGCGAGGAAGCCUCGAUGAGAUUUAAGGCUGUACAGGAGGCCUACGACAUUCUCUACGACGAUGAUAAGCGACACCUUUACGACACACAUGGCAUGUCCGCCUUCAACGGAUCCGGUGAGCCGGGUAUGGCUGGAGCCCCCGACCUUGACGACCUGCUGGCACAGAUGUUCGGCGGUAUGGGUGGCAUGGGUGGAAUGGGUGGAAUGCCCGGUAUGGGAGGUAUGGGAGGCAUGCCAGGUGGUCGCCCGAACAAACCACGCAAGAGCCCAGACGAAGUGCAAGAUUACCACGUUAGCCUGGAGGAUCUAUACAAGGGCAAGACUGUCAAGUUCUCCAGUGUCAAAAACAUUAUUUGCGGACUUUGCAAGGGCAAGGGUGGCAAGGAGAAGGCGACCGCCAAGAAGUGCUCGACUUGCGAUGGCCAUGGCCAAAAGGAGGUUUUGCAACGCAGGGGACAGUUCUUGACGCAGCAGGUGGUUACCUGUACCACAUGUAACGGAAAUGGUUCAUACUUUGCCCCGAAGGACAAGUGCAAGAAGUGCAAGGGCGCACGAACCACCGAAGCGAAAAAGAUGCUGGAGAUUUACAUUCCCCGUGGCGCAAAACAAGGAGAUAAGAUCGUGUUGGAAGGCGAGGCCGACCAGGUGCCCGACCAAGAACCCGGCGACAUUGUCUUCAAAAUCGUUGAGGAAGAGCACCCCAUAUUUGCCCGUGCCGGCUCGGACCUCCAGACAACCAUCGAUGUCACUCUCGCUGAAUCGUUGACCGGAUUCUCUCGCGUCGUGCUCACGCAUCUUGAUGGUCGCGGCAUCGAGCUCAAGCACCCUCUUACCCCCGGCGCCAUCCUCACGCCCGGACAGGUCCUCAAGGUCCCCGGAGAGGGUAUGCCAAUGAAGCGCAGCGAUGCUCGUGGCGACCUUUACUUGGUUGUCGAUGUCAAGUUCCCCGGACAGAACUGGAAGCCUACUCACGACAUGGUAGAGAAGCUCAAGGAAAUCCUCCCCAAGCCCGCCGCGCCUAUCAAGGCUGACACCGUGGACGAAGUUACAUACGACCCUAGGGCUGAGAUUGAAGAGUUUGGUGCACAGGAUGGCCAGAGCGCAUGGGAAGACGAAGAAGAUGAUGACGAACCGGCGCAGUGCGCGGCUCAGUAG